AUGGCCGGGAUGGCUGGCAUGAACGCCAUGCCAGGUGGUCCUGUCGGGGGAGUUCCGAUGAUGAGCAGCGGCUCAGCGGCUCCCCGCAACGAGCCGCCUGUCAACCAGGACAGCCUUCACAUGCAGCUGAAUACAUACAUCUACGAUUACUUUCUCAAGCGAGGCCAAUUCGACAUUGCAAAGAUGCUGCUCGCCGACGACAGCAUCAAGUUGGACACCGACCUCGACCCGAAAACUAGUCCCAACCACUUGAACGGCACCGAUGGUGACACCUCCAUGACCGAUGGCAAAGACGAAAAAGUAAAAAUCCCCGACGAUUUCCCGCGCCCUCGCGUCCCCAUCGACAACGGAAAUUCUUUUCUCUUUGAAUGGUUCAGUCUGUUCUGGGACAUCUUCGCAGCACAGCGCAAAAGAGGCACUUCUAAUCCCAUGACACAACAAUUUGUCCAACACAGCCAGAAUCUGAUGCGCAUGCGAGAACAGACUAACCAGCAGUUUUUGCGUCAACCCCAAAUGAUGAUGCAAAACCAAAUGGCUAAUCUUCGUCGCAAUGGAAUGCAAGGAAUGAAUCUGCAAAAGGCUGCCAUGCAGAACAAUACGUCUACUGGAAUGACCCCGCAGCAAAUGGCCCAGUUCCAGAACAAACAGAUGCAAAUGCAACGUGAGCAUUCCGACAUGGACAUGAACGGUCACCGGCCCCAGUCCCCGUCCUCGGCGGAAAACGCACCGUCCCCGUCGAAACGACCCCGUCUCGAAGGCGGCCAGGCGGCCGGUCAACAAAUGGCACCGAAUGGCCGCCCACAAGGCCAAAUGCCCGGUCAAAUGAACCCACAAGCGAUGUUAAUGCAGAAUGGCAUCAACCCAAGAGGAAUGAAUCCUGCGCAGUUUCAGGCUUUCCAGCAGUCGGGUUCCGCUGCGCAAAAACAAUCCAUCCAGGUAUAUGCUCAGAACUUGGCUCUUCAUCACUCCCGCUCAGCAAUGAAUAACCAGGGCAUGCCGAACGGCUUAAUGAACACCGGGCAACUUAUGCCGAACCAAAACGAUCUUAUGCAGCAAAUGCCUGAUGGCCAAAGUAUCCAAAUGAUGAACGGUCAAUUCUACAACGGUGAGAUGGGAGUCCGACCCGGAAUGCCCCCUAACGGGCAGAGCGGGAAUCACGCUCUUCAAGAUUAUCAAAUGCAAUUAAUGUUAUUAGAGCAACAAAAUAAACGGCGCCUGAUGAUGGCUCGCCAAGAGCAAGAUAGCAUGACCCGCCCUGAUGGUCAGCCAAUUCCAGGUCAGCCAGGCCUGCCUCCUGGUACCUCGCCUCAGGGCAGCAGGACAGGGGCGUCGCCGAACCCCAGCGAGCAAAUGAAACGAGGCACUCCGAAGAUUCCUCAGUCUGGUCUUCCAGGCUCACCGAACCCUGGCGAUAUGCAAGGUCGCGGCUCGCCAGCUUCGAUGAACUUCAACGGUGGUCAAAUACCCCCCGACAUGAACACAUCAUUCUUUAUGAAGCCUAACGAUGCCAUGGUUGCUCCUAAUGGCAUGCGGCCGCCUACUUCUAACCAGGGCGGAUUCAAUCAUCAGAUGAACCAGGCCAUGCAGCAGCCAGGCCCGAACAACCGGAUGCCUGGCGCUAACUGGCCAACACCUCAGGCUCAAGGAAUGGUUCCUCAACAGUCGCCCGCUGCUCAGGCCGCCCCUACUCCAGAAGCCCGCAAUGCGAUGCCACCACCUUCGGCCCCCCCUGUGGGAGGCAAGCCUGCUUCUCCUCAACAGGCGCCGGCGCCACCAACCCCACAACAGUCCAACAAGCCUGCACCGAAGAAGAAGGGUGGGGAUACGGAGAAGAACCGAAAGCGGCCUGCGAAGAAGACGAACGCAGCGGCGGUGAACGCAAACACUGCGGCUACGCCAUCAUCGGAAACCGAACCGCCGCCGACCCCGACCCCCUCGACACCAAUUACUCCUCAACAUCCCAACUCAUUUACCAAGAACGUGGCAAAUGCUACAACGACGGCCCAACAGCCCACCUCAGCUCCGGCUUCAAUGGUUCAGCAGCAGCCAGACCCCAACCCCACCGGCUUUGGUGACCUUGGAAUGACUGAUCCGUCCCCUUUCAAUCUUGACUUCGCUGCACUCGAGAACCAGGAAAUUUUGGAGAACUUUGACUUUGACUCGUUCCUCAACACGGAUGCCGACGCCGCUGGUUUCGGUUUCGAUCCAAGCAUCACCUACUCUACAGACGGCGUGGAAACGGGCACGGACGGCUUGUGA